AUGGACUUUGAAGAACUUCUAAAACAUGUAGGCGACAAUGGGAAGUUUCAGGUUUUGACAAUUAUCUUUUUCAUGCUUUCAAGUAUCCUGACAAGUCCUCAUGAUUACAUUGAGAACUUUACAGCAGCCAUGCCCGCUCACCACUGCCAUGUCCACCUCCUGGGCAAUCCCAAAUUUGAAGCCAAUGUCACCAUAAACCUGACAGCUGAAGCUCUUCUGAGGGUCUCCAUCCCUGUGGGCCCAAACCAGAAGCCUGAGCAAUGUCAUCGCUUUCGCCAGACCCAGUGGCAACUCUUAGAUCCCAAUGUGUCAGCUGUCAAUUAUACUGAUCCUGAGACAGAGCCAUGCCUGGAUGGGUGGAUAUAUGACCAAAGUGUUUUCACCUCUACCAUCGUUAUGGAGUGGGACUUGGUGUGUGAUUAUAAGUCAUUCAAAUACUUUGCACAAGCCAUUGCCCUGUCAGGGCACUUGGUGGGCUCUGCUCUAAGUGGCCUCAUUUCUGACAGGUUUGGACGGAAGCCACUGCUGGUCUCUUGUUGCCUGGCCUAUGGAAUCCUGAGCACCUGCUGUGCCUUCGCUCCGGUCUUCACCAUUUACUGUAUUCUGAGAUUCAUGUCAUCUGUCUGCCUGAGUGCAGUUCUAAGCAACACUUGCGUAUUUCUUUUUGAAGGAAACUCAUCAAAAUGGCAACUAGUGGCUACCGUGCUUUUCUCAUUAUCUGGGAGUAUUGGCCAGGCAUCAUUUGCAGGCGUGGCUUACCUUUUCCGGGAUUGGCACAUGCUCCAGUUGGUCAUUGCCUUGCCCUAUCUCAUUCUUUCUCUCUUUUCCUGUGGGAUCUCAGAGUCAGUCCGCUGGCUCAUGGCAACCGGAAAAACAGAACAAGCAUUAAAAGAGCUCCAGAGAAUUGCUCGUAUUAAUGGAAAGAAAGAGGUGGCAGAAAGUCUGACUUCUGAGAUUUUGAUAUCCAAAAUGAAGGAAGAAUUGAAUACCAAGAGAGAAUCUUUCAGAAUGAAAGAGAUCAUGUGUAAACCUGCAGUAUUCAAGACAGUGCUUUUUACGUCCGUUUUAGCGUUUUCAACAACAUUCAGCUUCUAUGGUCUCCUGCUGGAUAUUGAGAAUUUGGGGAAAAACAUAUUCCUGACCCAGUUUUUACUAGGCAUAACAGACUUGCCCAGCAAAUUUCUUUCCUAUUUUAUAUUAAAGUAUGUCAACCGUCGCCCUUCAAGCGGUUUUUCACUCAUUAUUCUUGGAAUUUCUAUUCUGAUCCCUAUAUUUGUGCCUAAAGAGAUGUAUGUUCUGCGCCUCACUGUUUACCUCUUGGGAAGAUCAUCUGUUUCUGUCCUUUCAUCCAUACUUUUAAUCUUUUCCAACGAACUCUCAGCCACAGUACUGAGGUCAACGAUACAGGGCAUUCUCUUUUUCAUCGCCAGAACAGCAGCAACAUUGUCUGCUUUAGUACUUUCAACGAGGCUGUAUUUUGUCCAUCUUCCGGCCAUCCUCUUUGGGACCUUUCCCAUAGUAGCGUCAGCAUUUGCCUACUUUCUGCCAGAGUCCUUUAAUCUUCCACUUAUUGAAACCAUCAAGGACAUGGAGAAAAGGUACGAGUUAAGAAACAAGAGCACCCGAAAAAAACAAAGAAAAGUCCUCUUGGCAACCACUGAGUGCUGA